GCGGUCUACUUUCUCACAAACUUUCAUCAGAGUUGGACAGACUGGUGAUCCAUUUGUUCUCCCCCGGUGUGUACGAGAAACGCGCAUCCUUUUAAAAGGAUGAGGUUUUUCGCCUUUCUAAUCGUCUGCUUUGGUUGGGCAACAUCAACCGCGCAAGCAUCAAUCCGGCUGGUUGAUGGCUCCACGGACUACAAUGGACGGGUUGAAAUCAGUUACUUUGGAGAAUGGGGAACUGUCUGUGACGAUCUCUGGGAUGACACUGAUGCUACAGUAGUGUGUCGGAUCCUUGGUCUGGGUACUAAUGGUACUGCAUAUCAUAGUGCCUACUUUGGGCAGGGUACAGGGAACAUCAUUCUCGACAAUGUCCAGUGUGUCGGAACGGAAACAGACCUUGUGUAUUGUCCUAGUAAUGGACUUUUAAAUCACAAUUGCGGACAUUCUGAAGAUGCAGGAGUACAAUGCUUUAAUGCAACAUCUGAAUCGAUCCGUCUUGUGGGUGGCUCAUCUGAUACUGAAGGUCGAGUGGAAGUCUAUUACAAUGGAGAGUGGGGAACUGUAUGUGAUGAUUUGUGGGAUGACACUGAUGCUGCAGUUGUGUGUCAGAUCCUUGGUCUGGGUGAUUCAGGGACUGCACGAACUAAUGCUGCCUUUGGACAAGGUAGUGGAAGCAUCAUUCUUGACAACGUUCAGUGUGAUGGAACUGAAACAGAUCUCUUUGCUUGUCCUAGUAACGGUCCAAACAAUCACAACUGUGGCCACGGUGAGGAUGCAGGAGUAGAAUGCACCAGCACAACCACAUCUUCACCUGCUGAAACAAUUCGUCUUGUGGGUGGAUCCUCAGAUUCUGAAGGUCGAGUGGAAGUCUAUUACGGUGGAGAGUGGGGAACUGUGUGUGAUGAUUUGUGGGAUGACACUGAUGCUGCAGUUGUGUGUCAGAUCCUUGGUCUGGGUGAUUCAGGGACUGCACAAGCUAAUGCUGCCUUUGGACAAGGUAGUGGAAGCAUCAUUCUUGACAACGUUCAGUGUGAAGGAACUGAGACAGAUCUCUUUGCUUGUCCUAGCAAUGGUCCAAACAAUCACAACUGUGUGCACGGUGAAGAUGCAGGAGUCGAAUGCACCAGCACAACUACAUCUUCACCUAUUGAAUCUAUCCGUCUUGUGGAUGGCGCAUCAGAUUCUGAAGGUCGAGUGGAAGUCUAUUACGGUGGAGAGUGGGGAACUGUGUGCGAUGAUUUGUGGGAUGACACUGAUGCUGCAGUUGUGUGUCAGAUCCUUGGUCUGGGUGAUUCAGGGACUGCACGAACUAAUGCUGCCUUUGGACAAGGUAAUGGAAACAUCAUUCUUGACAACGUUCAGUGUGAUGGAACUGAAACAGAUCUCUUUGCUUGUCCUAGUAACGGUCCAAACAAUCACAACUGUGGCCACAGUGAGGAUGCAGGAGUAGAAUGCUCCAGCACAACGACAUCUUCACCUACCGAAUCGAUCCGUCUUGUGGAUGGCGCAUCAGAUUCUGAAGGUCGAGUGGAAGUCUAUUACGGUGGAGAGUGGGGAACUGUGUGCGAUGAUUUGUGGGAUGACACUGAUGCUGCAGUUGUGUGUCAGAUCCUUGGUCUGGGUGAUUCAGGGACUGCACGAACUAAUGCUGCCUUUGGACAAGGUAGUGGAAGCAUCAUUCUUGACAACGUUCAGUGUGAUGGAACUGAAACAGAUCUCUUUGCUUGUCCUAGUAACGGUCCAAACAAUCACAACUGUGGCCACAGUGAGGAUGCAGGAGUGGAAUGCACCAGCACAACGACAUCUUCACCUACCGAAUCGAUCCGUCUUGUGGAUGGCGCAUCAGAUUCUGAAGGUCGAGUGGAAGUCUAUUACGGUGGAGAGUGGGGAACUGUGUGCGAUGAUUUGUGGGAUGACACUGAUGCUGCAGUUGUGUGUCAGAUCCUUGGUCUGGGUGAUUCAGGGACUGCACGAACUAAUGCUGCCUUUGGACAAGGUAGUGGAAGCAUCAUUCUUGACAACGUUCAGUGUGAUGGAACUGAAACAGAUCUCUUUGCUUGUCCUAGUAACGGUCCAAACAAUCACAACUGUGGCCACAGUGAGGAUGCAGGAGUGGAAUGCACCAGCACAACGACAUCUUCACCUACCGAAUCGAUCCGUCUUGUGGAUGGCGCAUCAGAUUCUGAAGGUCGAGUGGAAGUCUAUUACGGUGGAGAGUGGGGAACUGUGUGCGAUGAUUUGUGGGAUGACACUGAUGCUGCAGUUGUGUGUCAGAUCCUUGGUCUGGGUGAUUCAGGGACUGCACGAACUAAUGCUGCCUUUGGACAAGGUAGUGGAAGCAUCAUUCUUGACAACGUUCAGUGUGAUGGAACUGAAACAGAUCUCUUUGCUUGUCCUAGUAACGGUCCAAACAAUCACAACUGUGGCCACAGUGAGGAUGCAGGAGUGGAAUGCACCAGCACAACGACAUCUUCACCUACCGAAUCGAUCCGUCUUGUGGAUGGCGCAUCAGAUUCUGAAGGUCGAGUGGAAGUCUAUUACGGUGGAGAGUGGGGAACUGUGUGCGAUGAUUUGUGGGAUGACACUGAUGCUGCAGUUGUGUGUCAGAUCCUUGGUCUGGGUGAUUCAGGGACUGCACGAACUAAUGCUGCCUUUGGACAAGGUAGUGGAAGCAUCAUUCUUGACAACGUUCAGUGUGAUGGAACUGAAUCAGAUCUCUUUGCUUGUCCUAGUAACGGUCCAAACAAUCACAACUGUGGCCACAGUGAGGAUGCAGGAGUGGAAUGCACCAGCACAACGACAUCUUCACCUACCGAAUCGAUCCGUCUUGUGGAUGGCGCAUCAGAUUCUGAAGGUCGAGUGGAAGUCUAUUACGGUGGAGAGUGGGGAACUGUGUGCGAUGAUUUGUGGGAUGACACUGAUGCUGCAGUUGUGUGUCAGAUCCUUGGUCUGGGUGAUUCAGGGACUGCACGAACUAAUGCUGCCUUUGGACAAGGUAGUGGAAGCAUCAUUCUUGACAACGUUCAGUGUGAUGGAACUGAAACAGAUCUCUUUGCUUGUCCUAGUAACGGUCCAAACAAUCACAACUGUGGCCACAGUGAGGAUGCAGGAGUGGAAUGCACCAGCACAACGACAUCUUCACCUACCGAAUCGAUCCGUCUUGUGGAUGGCGCAUCAGAUUCUGAAGGUCGAGUGGAAGUCUAUUACGGUGGAGAGUGGGGAACUGUGUGCGAUGAUUUGUGGGAUGACACUGAUGCUGCAGUUGUGUGUCAGAUCCUUGGUCUGGGUGAUUCAGGGACUGCACGAACUAAUGCUGCCUUUGGACAAGGUAGUGGAAGCAUCAUUCUUGACAACGUUCAGUGUGAUGGAACUGAAACAGAUCUCUUUGCUUGUCCCAGUAACGGUCCAAACAAUCACAACUGUGGCCACAGUGAGGAUGCAGGAGUAGAAUGCUCCAGCACAACGACAUCUUCACCUACCGAAUCGAUCCGUCUUGUGGAUGGCGCAUCAGAUUCUGAAGGUCGAGUGGAAGUCUAUUACGGUGGAGAGUGGGGAACUGUGUGCGAUGAUUUGUGGGAUGACACUGAUGCUGCAGUUGUGUGUCAGAUCCUUGGUCUGGGUGAUUCAGGGACUGCACGAACUAAUGCUGCCUUUGGACAAGGUAGUGGAAGCAUCAUUCUUGACAACGUUCAGUGUGAUGGAACUGAAUCAGAUCUCUUUGCUUGUCCUAGUAACGGUCCAAACAAUCACAACUGUGGCCACAGUGAGGAUGCAGGAGUGGAAUGCACCAGCACAACGACAUCUUCACCUACCGAAUCGAUCCGUCUUGUGGAUGGCGCAUCAGAUUCUGAAGGUCGAGUGGAAGUCUAUUACGGUGGAGAGUGGGGAACUGUGUGCGAUGAUUUGUGGGAUGACACUGAUGCUGCAGUUGUGUGUCAGAUCCUUGGUCUGGGUGAUUCAGGGACUGCACGAACUAAUGCUGCCUUUGGACAAGGUAGUGGAAGCAUCAUUCUUGACAACGUUCAGUGUGAUGGAACUGAAACAGAUCUCUUUGCUUGUCCUAGUAACGGUCCAAACAAUCACAACUGUGGCCACAGUGAGGAUGCAGGAGUGGAAUGCACCAGCACAACGACAUCUUCACCUACCGAAUCGAUCCGUCUUGUGGAUGGCGCAUCAGAUUCUGAAGGUCGAGUGGAAGUCUAUUACGGUGGAGAGUGGGGAACUGUGUGCGAUGAUUUGUGGGAUGACACUGAUGCUGCAGUUGUGUGUCAGAUCCUUGGUCUGGGUGAUUCAGGGACUGCACGAACUAAUGCUGCCUUUGGACAAGGUAGUGGAAGCAUCAUUCUUGACAACGUUCAGUGUGAUGGAACUGAAACAGAUCUCUUUGCUUGUCCCAGUAACGGUCCAAACAAUCACAACUGUGGCCACAGUGAGGAUGCAGGAGUAGAAUGCUCCAGCACAACGACAUCUUCACCUACCGAAUCGAUCCGUCUUGUGGAUGGCGCAUCAGAUUCUGAAGGUCGAGUGGAAGUCUAUUACGGUGGAGAGUGGGGAACUGUGUGCGAUGAUUUGUGGGAUGACACUGAUGCUGCAGUUGUGUGUCAGAUCCUUGGUCUGGGUGAUUCAGGGACUGCACGAACUAAUGCUGCCUUUGGACAAGGUAGUGGAAGCAUCAUUCUUGACAACGUUCAGUGUGAUGGAACUGAAUCAGAUCUCUUUGCUUGUCCUAGUAACGGUCCAAACAAUCACAACUGUGGCCACAGUGAGGAUGCAGGAGUGGAAUGCACCAGCACAACGACAUCUUCAACUACCGAAUCGAUCCGUCUUGUGGAUGGCGCAUCAGAUUCUGAAGGUCGAGUGGAAGUCUAUUACGGUGGAGAGUGGGGAACUGUGUGCGAUGAUUUGUGGGAUGACACUGAUGCUGCAGUUGUGUGUCAGAUCCUUGGUCUGGGUGAUUCAGGGACUGCACGAACUAAUGCUGCCUUUGGACAAGGUAGCGGAAGCAUCAUUCUUGACAACGUUCAGUGUGAUGGAACUGAAACAGAUCUCUUUGCUUGUCCUAGUAACGGUCCAAACAAUCACAACUGUGGCCACAGUGAGGAUGCAGGAGUGGAAUGCACCAGCACAACGACAUCUUCACCUACCGAAUCGAUCCGUCUUGUGGGUGGAUCCUCAGAUACUGAAGGUCGAGUGGAAGUCUAUUACGGUGGAGAGUGGGGAACUGUGUGCGAUGAUUUGUGGGAUGACACUGAUGCUGCAGUUGUGUGUCAGAUCCUUGGUCUGGGUGAUUCAGGGACUGCACGAACUAAUGCUGCCUUUGGACAAGGUAGUGGAAGCAUCAUUCUUGACAACGUUCAGUGUGAUGGAACUGAAACAGAUCUCUUUGCUUGUCCUAGUAACGGUCCAAACAAUCACAACUGUGGCCACAGUGAGGAUGCAGGAGUAGAAUGCUCCAGCACAACGACAUCUUCACCUACCGAAUCGAUCCGUCUUGUGGAUGGCGCAUCAGAUUCUGAAGGUCGAGUGGAAGUCUAUUACGGUGGAGAGUGGGGAACUGUGUGCGAUGAUUUGUGGGAUGACACUGAUGCUGCAGUUGUGUGUCAGAUCCUUGGUCUGGGUGAUUCAGGGACUGCACGAAGUAAUGCUGCCUUUGGACAAGGUAGUGGAAGCAUCAUUCUUGACAACGUUCAGUGUGAAGGAACUGAAACAGAUCUCUUUGCUUGUCCUAGUAACGGUCCAAACAAUCACAACUGUGGCCACAGUGAGGAUGCAGGAGUGGUUUGCUCCAGCACAACUACAUCUUCACCUACUGAAUUGAUCCGUCUUGUGGGUGGCUCAUCAGAUUCUGAAGGCCGAGUAGAAGUCUAUUACAAUGAAGAGUGGGGAACUGUGUGUGACGAUUACUGGGAUGGCACUGAUGCUACAGUGGUGUGUCAGAUCCUUGGUCUGGGUGAUUCAGGGACUGCGCAAACUAAUGCUGCCUUUGGACAAGGUAGUGGUAGCAUCAUUCUUGACGAUGUUCAUUGUACUGGAACUGAAUUGAGUAUCUUUGACUGUCCUAGUAAUGGCCCAUACAAUCACAACUGUGGCCACAGUGAGGAUGCAGGAGUAGUAUGCUCCAGCACAACAACAUAUCCACCUACCGAAUCGAUCCGUCUUGUGGGUGGAUCAUCAGAUACUGAAGGUCGAGUGGAAGUCUACUACGGUGGAGAGUGGGGAACUGUAUGUGAUGAUUUGUGGGAUGACACUGAUGCUACAGUUGUGUGUCAGAUCCUUGGUCUGGGUGAUUCAGGGAUUGCACGAAGUAAUGCUGCCUUUGGACAAGGUAGUGGAAGCAUCAUUCUUGACAACGUUCAGUGUGAUGGAACUGAAACAGAUCUCUUUGCUUGUCCUAGUAACGGUCCAAACAAUCACAACUGUGUGCACGGUGAAGAUGCGGGAGUAGAAUGCACCAGCACAACUACAUCUGCACCUACUGAAUCGAUCCGUCUUGUGAAUGGCGCAUCAAAUUCUGAAGGUCGAGUGGAAGUCUAUUACGGUGGAGAGUGGGGAACUGUAUGUGAUGAUUUGUGGGAUGACACUGAUGCUACAGUUGUGUGUCAAAUCCUUGGUCUGGGUGAUUCAGGGAUUGCUCUUAGUUAUGCUGCCUUUGGAGAAGGUAGUGGAAGCAUCAUUCUUGACAAUGUUGAAUGUGACGGAACUGAAACAGAUCUAUUUGCUUGUCCUAGUAACGGUCCAAACAAUCACAACUGUGGUCACGGUGAAGAUGCAGGAGUUCAAUGCAUCAGCGCAACUACAUCUUCACCUACUGAAUCGAUCCGUCUUGUGGAUGGCACAUCAGAUUCUGAAGGUCGAGUGGAAGUCUAUUACGGUGGAGGGUGGGGAACUGUAUGUGAUGAUUUGUGGGAUGACACUGAUGCUACAGUUGUGUGUCAAAUCCUUGGUCUGGGUGAUUCAGGGAUUGCACGAAGUAAUGCUGCCUUUGGAGAAGGUAGUGGAAGCAUCAUUCUUGACAACGUUCAGUGUGAAGGAACUGAAACAGAUCUCUUUGCUUGUCCUAGUAACGGUCCAAACAAUCACAACUGUGUGCACGGUGAAGAUGCGGGAGUACAAUGCACCAGCGCAACUACAUCUGCAUCUACUGAAUCGAUCCGUCUUGUGAAUGGCGCAUCAGAUUCUGAAGGUCGAGUGGAAGUCUAUUACGGUGGAGAGUGGGGAACUGUAUGUGAUGAUUUCUGGGAUGACACUGAUGCUACAGUUGUGUGUCAGAUCCUUGGUCUGGGUGAUACAGGGAUUGCUCUUAGUUAUGCUGCCUUUGGAGAAGGUAGUGGAAGCAUCAUUCUUGACAACGUUCAGUGUGAAGGAACUGAGACAGAUCUCUUUGCUUGUCCUAAUAAUGGACCAAACAUUCACAACUGUGUACAUAAUGAAGAUGCAGGAGUUUCAUGCAGCAACACACUUGAAUUGAUCCGUCUUGUUGAUGGCUCAUCAGAUUCUGAAGGUCGAGUAGAAGUCUAUUACAAUGGAGAGUGGGGAACUGUAUGUGAUGAUUCCUGGGAUGACACUGAUGCUACAGUGGUGUGUCAGGUCCUUGGUCUGGGUGAUUCAGGGACUGCACGAGGUAAUGCUGCCUUUGGAGAAGGUAGUGGAAACAUCAUUCUUGACAACGUUCAGUGUGACGGAACCGAAGCAAAUCUCUUUUCUUGUCCUAAUAAUGGACCAAACAUUCACAACUGUGGCCAUUACGAGGAUGCAGGAGUUGUAUGCUCAAGCACAACGACAUCUUCACCUACUGAAUCAAUCCGUCUUGUGGGUGGCUCAUCAGAUACUGAAGGUCGAGUGGAGGUCUAUUACAAUGGAGAGUGGGGAACUGUAUGUGAUGAUCUUUGGGGUAGCACCGAUGCUACAGUGGUAUGUCAAAUCCUUGGUCUGGGUGAUUCUGGGAUUCCCGUUAGUUUUGCUGCGUUUGGAGAAGGUAGUGGAAGCAUCAUUCUUGACAAUGUCGAGUGUGACGGAACUGAAACAGAUCUCUUUGCUUGUCCUAGUAACGGUCCAUACAAUCACAAUUGUGGUCACAGUGAAGAUGCAGGUGUUCAAUGUAUUAGCACAACUACAUCUUCACCUACUGAAUCGAUCCGUCUUGUGAAUGGCGCAUCAAAUUCUGAAGGUCGAGUGGAAGUCUAUUACGGUGGAGAGUGGGGAACUGUAUGUGAUGAUAUGUGGGAUGACACUGAUGCUACAGUAGUUUGUCAAAUCCUUGGUCUGGGUGAUUCAGGGACUGCCCUUAGUUUUGCUGCCUUUGGAGGAGGUAGUGGAAGCAUCAUUCUUGACAACGUUCAGUGUUAUGGAACUGAAACAGAUCUCUUUGCUUGUCCUAAUAGUGGACCAAACAUGCACAACUGUGUACAUGCUGAAGAUGCAGGAGUUUCAUGCAGCAACACACCUUCUGGAUCAAUCCGUCUUGUUGAUGGCUUAUCAGAGACAGAAGGCCGAGUGGAAGUCUAUUACGGUGGAGAGUGGGGAACUGUAUGUGAUGAUUUGUGGGAUGAAACUGAUGCUACAGUAGUUUGUCAAAUCCUUGGUCUGGGUGAUUCAGGGAUUGCUCUUAGUUAUGCUGCCUUUGGAGAAGGUAGUGGAAGCAUCAUUCUUGACAAUGUUGAAUGUGACGGAACUGAAACAGAUCUCUUUGCUUGUCCUAGUAACGGUCCAAACAAUCACAACUGUGGUCACGGUGAAGAUGCAGGAGUUCAAUGCACCAGCGCAACUACAUCUUCACCUACUGAAUCGAUCCGUCUUGUUGAUGGCUCAUCAUAUUUUGAAGGCCGAGUAGAAGUCUAUUACAAUGGAGAGUGGGGAACUGUAUGUGAUGAUUCCUGGGAUAACACUGAUGCUACGGUGGUGUGUCGGAUCCUUGGUCUUGGUGAUGUUGGUAUGGUUGCCUACUUUGGAGAAGGUAGUGGAAGCAUCAUUCUUGACGAUGUUCAGUGUGAAGGAACUGAAACAAAUCUCUUUGAUUGUCCUAAUAAUGGACCAAAUAUUCACAACUGCGGUCAUUAUGAGGAUGUAGGAGUUUCAUGCAGCAAUACACCUUCUGGAUCAAUCCGUCUUGUGGGUGGCUCAUCAGAUACUGAAGGUCGUGUGGAAGUCAGAUACAACGAAGAGUGGGGAACUGUGUGUGAUGAUUACUGGGAUGACACUGAUGCUUCAGUUGUUUGCCAGUUCCUUGGUCUGGGUGAUUUAGGGACUGCUUAUUCUAAUGCCUAUUUUGGAGAAGGUAGUGGAAACAUCAUACUUGAUGAUGUUCAAUGUGACGGAACAGAGUCUAAUAUAUUUGAUUGUCCUAAUAAUGGAGAAUUCAAUCACAACUGCGGUCACUACGAGGAUGCAGGGGUGUCAUGCAGCAACACACCUUCUGGAUCGAUCCGUCUUGUCGGUGGAGCAUCAGAUACUGAAGGACGAGUGGAAGUCUAUUACAAUGGAGAAUGGGGAACUGUAUGUGAUGAUUUCUGGGAUGACACUGAUGCUACAGUGGUGUGUCAGAUCCUUGGUCUUGGUGAUUCAGGAACUGCACAAAGUAAUGCUGCCUUUGGAGAAGGUAGUGGAAGCAUCAUUCUGGACAACGUUCAAUGUGAUGGAACUGAGACAGAUCUCUUUGCCUGUCCUAGUAACGGUCCAAACAAUCACAACUGUGGUCACUAUGAGGAUGCAGGAGUUUCAUGCAGCAACACACCUUCUGGAUCUAUCCGUCUUGUGGAUGGCUCAUCAGAGACCGAAGGCCGAGUGGAAGUCCAAUACAACGGUGAAUGGGGAACUGUAUGUGAUGAUAACUGGGAUGACACUGAUGCUAAAGUUGUUUGUCAGUUCCUUGGUCUGGGUAAUGUCGGUACUGUUGCCUACUUUGGAGAAGGAAGUGGUAGCAUCAUUCUUGAUGAUGUUGAGUGUGACGGAACUGAAAUAAAUCUCUUUGAUUGUCCUCAUAAUGGAGUAUUCAAUCAUAACUGUGGUCACUAUGAGGAUGCAGGAGUGUCAUGCAGCAACACACCUUCUGGAUCGGUCCGUCUUGUCGGUGGAACAUCAGAUACCGAAGGCCGAGUAGAAGUCUAUUACAGUGGAGAGUGGGGAACUGUAUGUGAUGAUUUGUGGGAUGACACUGAUGCUACAGUAGUUUGUCAAAUCCUCGGCCUGGGUGAUUCCGGUGUUGCCCGUAGUUAUGCUGCCUUUGGAGAAGGUAGUGGAAGCAUCAUUCUUGACAAUGUUGAGUGUGAAGGAACUGAAACAGAUCUCUUUGCUUGUCCCAAUAAUGGACCAAACGUUCACAACUGUGUACAUGCUGAAGAUGCAGGAGUUUCAUGCAGCAACGCACCUUCUGGAUCGGUCCGUCUUGUGGGUGGUUCGUUGAAUACCGAAGGCCGCGUGGAAGUCCAAUACAACGGUGAAUGGGGAACUGUAUGUGAUGAUUACUGGGAUGACACUGAUGCAACAGUGGUGUGUCAGAUCCUUGGUCUGGGUGAUUCAGGGACUGCUUAUUCUAAUGCCCACUUUGGAGAAGGCAGUGGAAGCAUCAUUCUUGACGAUGUUGAGUGCGACGGAACUGAAACAAACAUCUUGGAUUGUCCUAAUAAUGGAGCGUUCGAUCACAAUUGUGUACAUGGUGAAGAUGCUGGAGUUUCAUGCAGCCAAGUAGCACCUGGUCUGUUGCUCUCCCAGGACUCAAUCCGUCUAGUUGGAGGAUCAUCAUUCAAUGAAGGCCGGGUUGAGGUCCGUUACCAAGGAGAGUGGGGAACAGUUUGUGAUGAUCUCUGGGACGAGCACGCUGCCCGGGUGGUCUGUCAAGCUCUUGGCCUUGGGGAUGUGGCGAUUCCUUUUGGAAAUGCUAUGUUCGGGGAAGGGACCGGGAAGAUUAUCCUGGACAACGUCCAGUGUCGAGGGACUGAAGCCGAUCUCUUUGAGUGUCCCGGUAAUCAUCCACUCGUCCACGACUGUAACCACUUCGAGGAUGCUGGAGUCCACUGCUACAUUUCCGAUGACUGAUCUGACUUUUCCUGAUCGUAAGGCAGGAUGUCCAUUUCAAUUCGGUACUGACUUUGGAUUUGUUUCUUCUCAUUGGUAUAUCAUGAGUCAUCUCUCCUUUUUGCAUUUUAGCAUGUAUUACUACAAGUGUAUUUAUUUAGGGUUUAAUUCAUACUUUCAAUUAAGUCAUUAGUAGAAACGAGACACACAUCGUUUGUAAUUUCCAUAGUCUUUGUUCAAGGACAACCUGAUUUCAGUGGACAAUAAUUGGUUUAACUGUUGAAUUUUGUAGUUGAAGAAGUAACCUUUUGACUAUCAAACUUUCUUAUCCCCAUAGUCUUCGUCCAGGGCCCAGUUGAAUAAAAGUUUGCUAUUAUGGUAACCACCAUGGCAACGCUGAUCAACAGCCAAUCAAAAUCAAGGAUUCCAUGCAAGUUACUAUUGCAUGAAAAAGUUACCAUAAUUGUCACUAUUGUAACUUUUGUGCAACGGGCCCGGGGACUACUUGGUUCCAGUAGACAGUGAGUGAACCUGUUGACUACGAAUUUCUGUAAUUCCCCUAACCUUUGUCAAGGGACUACUUGGUUCCAGGAAACAGUGAGUUAGCCUGUUGAGUAUUAAAUUCUGUAAUUUACAGUCUUUGCCCACAGACCAGCUGGGUCCAUUAUGCCAUGGGUUAAUCUGGGGGGGGGGGGGGCGUUUCAUCAAUAUUUUCGUCCGACAAGUUGUCAGAUCUGACAGCUUUCCUGGAUUCUGAUUGGUUGAAAAGCACUGUUACUGUACUGUCGGCUAAAACAGGACUUGUCGGAUAAAACGUCCGACAAGUCCUUUCAUGAAACGCUCCCCUGUUGUCUACCAAAUUCUGUUAUUCCCAUAGUCUUCGUCCAAGGACGACCUGGGUCCAGAAAGCCGUGGGUUAAUCUGUUAACUACUGAUUUUCAGGGGUACACAUGUUAUGUGAAUAUAUUAAGUGAUUUUAUCUUGUGUGUAGAGGUAGAGAACUGGCCAGUUUAUGGAAGAAAUGAUGAUAAAAUAAUAAGCUUGUUUUGAUUAUACUGCAUAUGUAGGGUGUAUUAGAUUUGGUGCCUUAGCUCGAUAUAUUCAAUAUUGAAAUUGGUUAUUCAUAUGUCACCACUUUGAUGCAAUAUUGACUCAGUUAAAGUUUCUUAAUGUACCUAUAAGUGAUAAUUGUCUAUGCCGGAUAUUUAAAGUUUUUGCUAAUUUGUACGUAAAGCACUUCAGGUAUGCCUUAUUUCUAAAAUGAUAAUCCUUCUAAUUUCCAUUUUGAUUUGUUGAGAUUAAGAUUUUCA